AUGUCUGACGAAAAUUUCUCUACUUUAUCACUGGAUGAUGAGCUACCUCUUAUUAUUGUACGUAAGAGUGGUAAGACUAUAGCAGUCGUGAGAGAUGACACUUUACAGGGUUGUUUCUUACCUUUUUCUCUGAGUGCAUGUGAUGUGCAGCGCGUAUCGGAUCAAGUGGCAUUACAAGAAGCCCGUGCGACUACUGCCUUUGAUGUUGUAACACGUGAGUGGGCGGUAAAAGUAAAGUUGCGAGUGGCACUUGAUGGUGUGCGUAAUCAUACCCAUUGGAUUUUGCUUCAAUCUAGUAAAGGAACUACACAGGAUAAUCAUACAGAAACAAAAUUCUUUAAAGGUACAGAAGAGGGAUUACAUGAGGCUGUAGCGUGGUUGAAGUGUAGAAAACUUUAUGGUUCAUAUGAAAUAUGUAUGGCGAGUGAGCCGGUACUUUCUGAGUUAUCUGUUACGAAAGAGAUUGGUUGUCUUCAUCUCCCUCAAGAGGAUGAAGGAGUUAAUGAACGAGUUAUUUUUGGGGACUCUGUGACUGAAAUAGCUCUUUUUAUAGAAGAAUUUUUGCAAUCCUUUUUUCAAGGCAUAAGAACUGAAUCCACAGCUGUUUUUUGGCCUUCAUUCCUUAUGCAUCCAGUAAAUAUUCGUUACAAGAUAAAUGAAGUGCGUGCAGCCGAACACAAUGCUUUAUUACUUCCUAUGCGUCCUUUACUACAUUUAAAACAACGAAUAAAAGAUUGGGCAACAGCGGAUGAACUUCGACCAUCACCAGCAGCGAGUGUACCACGUUUGGGUCAAGCGUGGGAAAAACAUCUCGUUCGUAAUGCACAUACACAUUUAAGGAGUACUGUACCUAUACCAGGAGGUCAAACAUGCCUUGUAAGUGGUAUGUACGACUACUAUCAUUAUCGUGUGGAUGGAUUUAAGGAUGAUGGUUGGGGUUGUGCAUAUCGUAGUUUACAAACAAUUUUAUCUUGGUUUCAAUAUGAAGGACUUAUGGAUAAGCCGAUGCCAGAUAUUCGUGGUAUUCAAGAAAUUUUAUCAGAGAAAGAUCCAGAAAAAAUGAAUCGUAAAGAUUUUUUAGGAUCUAAAGAUUGGAUUGGAUCUUUUGAAAUUAUGAUUGUAAUUCAACACUUUAUUCCAGGUAUUGAAUGUACUGUUAAACGUAUGGAAAGUGGUUCUGAUUUAGAUACUGAUCCUACAGUACAACAACUUCUCUUGGAUCAUUUCCGACAAAAGAGAGCUUGUCCUAUAAUGAUUGGUGGAAGUAGCUAUGCCCAUACAAUACUUGGUAUCGAUGUGAAUAUAGAUACUAUGGAAGCUCGAUACCUAAUUGCGGAUCCUCAUUACUCUAGCCCAGAAACAGUGAUGAAGACAGUAAUUAAUAAAGGCUAUGUAGGAUGGAAGGAAGCUGGGAAAUUUUUUGAGACCAAAAGUUGGUAUAAUUUGUGCAUACCACAACUAAACUCCUAUGAUCCACGAUAA